GCAGCAGGAAGUUGAUUUGCGAUGCCUUGACGCAUGCGCCAACCACCUCCGGUAUGACGGUCGGAUGUUGUCAGCUCGCCUCAUACCAUCAUCUCUGACAAACCGUAAAACAGAUUGUACACAAUCAUCAUGGCGACCCAGGAUGAAAAUCAAGAAGUAACAAUGGAAGCUGAGGUAAAGCCAGAAGACGCUGAGGCGUUGUGUGAAAGUGCUGAAAAGGUUGACUCAGACAGCGUGUCCCAGACGGAGGAAGGAAACUCCACGACUCAGGACUCGAGUAUUAUCAACGGAGACAACGCAGACAGUGAACAGGAGAUGGUGGACCUGAAGAUCAUUUGGAACAAGAUUAAGUACGACCUGAAAAUUCCUCUGGAUAGCUCUGGAGCCAAGCUGAAAGAGGCGAUCCAUUCACUUACUGGUCUUCCCCCUGCAAUGCAGAAAGUCAUGUACAAGGGAUUGCUUCCAGAGGACAAGACGCUUCGCGAGAUCAAAAUUACAAACGGUGCAAAAGUAAUGGUGGUAGGAUCCACGAUGAACGACGUUCUAGCGGUGAACACGCCCAAAGAGGUAAUUCAGCAGGAAGUCAAGGCUGAAGAAAACAAAAAAGAACCUCUAUGCAGUCAAAAGCAACACAGGAAGGUACUAGACAAAGGUAAACCAGAUGACAUAAUGCCAGCUGUUAAAGGGACAAAGGAACGUUUGCCCACAGUGCCUUUAGCCGGGAUGUAUAACAAAUCCGGGGGGAAAGUUCGACUCACUUUUAAACUCGAGCAGGAUCAGUUGUGGAUCGGAACCAAGGAGAGGACGGAGAAGGUACCCAUGGGCUCCAUAAAGAAUGUAGUGACUGAAUCUAUCGAAGGCCAUGAUGGCUAUCACAUGAUGGUAACCGCCCUACCGCCACCCGUCUCUUGAAGUUUUCAUUUUACGAGAAGUAUAAUGAAUAAACGCAUGCAGGCAUUCCAGCUUGGUCCGACAGAAGCUUCUCAGUAUUGGAUCUACUGGGUGCCUUCACAGUUUGUUGAUGCAAUCAAAGACACAGUCCUUGGAAAAUGGCAGUAUUUCUAAUGUGCCUCUACUUUGACAAUGUCAAACUGGGAAUGGGAUUUGGAAGACAAAGCCAAGCGAGAGCGGAGACAACAGGGAAGCGUACAGGAUUUUCUUGGGAAAGACACGAAGGAAACCGAAGGAUGCCUGUGGACUAACUGAUUUAUUUUUUCUGUUUUGGGUGCACUACGUGGCAGCAGCAUUUCUCAGUCCAGUUCAUCAUACAAGGUUUUCACCAAAUCCAAGGAAUAAAAACAUAAUUGUACAGAAAUUGCUAACAAUUUUCUUCAAUUAUUCUUAAAGAAAUAAAAGUUAUUUAAGGAAAAUUGA